UUUUCGGGUUAAGAAAUGAUUGGUGUCUUUUUUCCAAAAAGGGUGCAAGCUCAAAUCAAGCAAGGAGGAAGCAGGUCGCGCAUCCAUCCUUUCAAUAAAAGUCCAUUGCGGGACUUUAAACCCGAUACCGUAGGGAAAGAAAUCGCGUCGGUGACGGGUCCUCGGCCUCGGUCGGCGAAGCUCGCCCCACUCUCGACUCCCUGCGCCCCCCGGCCUCUCGAUUCAGUCGACCUCCGGGCUUUGCACAGUGUGUACAAGCGAAGCCAAACGCGCCAUUUAACGUUUUCACGCUACCGCGUCGGCAGAACGAGACACGCGGACGCGAGGUGCGACGUCGAUCCUCGGAGUGUGCUUUGUGUGUGUGUGCUCUUCCCCCUGCACUGUCAAAGUGCCAUCUGUUUAUUUCCAUUCAAGCUCGGACCCCAUCCCACGAUUGCGGACCCACACGUCAACCUGCCCAAGUUAUUUUCCGGUGUGACGAUGCGGGAGAAGAAAGGAGGCGCUCUGAGCAGAGUGCAGAAGAUCAAGAAACGCCUGAGCCACAGCUUCGGAAGAUUAUCCAUAUCCAAGGAUGAGCCUGACGAGUCGAAGACGAAACCCGGCAAACUCCCUUUCAACGGCUACUCGGACGAGUUCCUGGACAGGCUCGAGCCCAACGGCAACAUACCCAACGACAAAGACAUCCGAUACGACAAGCUCAAAAGAAGCGGGACUAUCGAUUUCGUUACAGAUUGCCGAGCCGUGUGCGCCGGUUGGGACGGCCUCGAGAGGGAGACGGUGAAGAGGCAGCUGUCCGUCUCCUCGGACUCGAAACUCCUCGACGAGGACAUCAACGAGGAGACCCGGGUCAUACUGAGGCCGAAGAAACCCCCCCGGCCCAAGUCGGAAGUCUUCCUCUGCAAUAAGGACCAGCAGCAGAGCAGGAGGAGGACAAAGAGGUUCUCCGCCUUCGGGGGCGACUCGCCUUUUGGCAAAUCCGACGCUUAUGUGAAGUUGGAGCAACUGGGCGAAGGGUCGUACGCGACUGUCUUCAAGGGUUAUAGCAACCUGACAAAACAAAUCGUAGCGCUUAAAGAGAUAAGACUUCAGGAGGAGGAAGGAGCCCCUUUUACCGCUAUAAGGGAAGCGUCGCUUUUAAAAGAACUGAAACACUGCAAUAUAGUCACACUACACGACAUAGUGCACACACGCCACACUUUAACCUUUGUUUUUGAAUAUGUCCAUACGGAUUUAUCUCAAUAUAUGGAACGUCACCCAGGCGGCCUUAAAUAUUCGAACGUCAAACUGCUACUUUUCCAGCUGCUUCGUGGCCUGGCGUACUGCCACAGGCGGAGGGUCUUGCACAGAGACGUCAAACCGCAAAACUUGCUCAUCUCCGAAAUAGGGGAACUCAAAUUAGCCGAUUUUGGUUUAGCACGUGCCAAAUCAGUACCGUCACAUACAUAUUCACACGAAGUCGUGACUCUUUGGUACCGGCCACCGGACGUCCUCCUGGGCUCGACGCAGUAUUCAACAUCAUUAGACAUGUGGGGUGUUGGCUGCAUCUUCCUCGAGAUGAUCACAGGAGUGCCGACCUUCCCAGGUGUCAGGGAGGUCUAUGACCAACUGGACAAGAUAUUCAAGAUCCUAGGAACCCCUGCGGAAGAUACUUGGGAAGGUGUGAGCCACCUCCCGGGAUACUCGUCACACAAGAUAAUCGCCUACAAGGGUAAAAAGCUCGGCCUGGCAUUUCCAAGGCUUUACGACAUCACCGAAGGCGAGAAUAUGGCGUCUUCCCUUCUUCAGCUCAACCCGGACAAGAGGAUAGGCGCCGAGGACGCCCUGAGGCACAAAUACUUCGCCUCACUUCCUAAAAAGCUCUACGAAUUACCCGAUGAAGCUUCAAUAUUCAGUGUUGAAGGUGUGACGCUCGAGGCAGAGAUGUGGGCCCUGGGGAACAAGUCGUGAAUGCCAGAUACGCAAGGCGGUGACACCGAAGCCCACGAAGCCACGAGAGUGGACUCAAUGUGCCAAAUCGACUUCGAAACGUUUAAUAAAAGUUAAAAUAGAGACCUUUAUUA